CUGUCUAGUCUGUGUCUUCAGUCCUUUUGUUUGACUUUGUGUGCGCGCUUUCGAUUUCGCAGCCGUUCGGCACCUCGUGAGAGUGGCCAGACAGUGGUCGGUAGACGUGCCCGGAGGACCACAGGCUGAAACCCUGGGGGACGCCCCAGGAACUGAGGAGAACCAGGGACGCCUGGUUGUCUCCUGCUGUAAGGGCGCUGGUCGAGUCUGGUUGUUCGAUCAAAAAUUACGGGAAACGCGCCCGUCUGAUUCUGUUAUAGGCUUGUGAAGGACCAAGUGUAGUAGGUGGGUCCUUGUACCUGUAAUAUUUCUGUUAUUUCUGUUAUUUGUGUUUCUGACAUAUCCACUGACGAUGGGACAGACUGUGAUGACCCCUCUGAGUUUAACUCUAGAUCAUUGGACUGAAGUGAAGAGAAGAGGUCGUGAUCUGUCAGUAGAGGUUAAAAAAGGCCCAUGGCAGACUUUCUGCUCCUCGGAGUGGCCUACUUUUAACGUCGGCUGGCCCUCAGGAGGAACCUUUGACUUAUCUCUUAUUUUUGCUAUUAAAGAGAUUGUUUUUCAGAGAGGACCGGGAGCCCAUCCGGAUCAACAACCUUACAUCAUAGUCUGGCAGGACCUGGUGCAGAAUCCGCCCCCCUGGGUUCGGCCGUGGACUGCCACAUCCAGGCCCCCGUCUAAUCCUCAGGUGCUCGCUGUCCAAUCUUCCGGUCCCAGAAAAGGGGGCGACAGUUUGGACCCCCAUAAGAAGAUCUACCCGGAAAUCCAGACUGAUCAUCUUCUCCUUGACCCUCCACCCCCUCCUCCCCCAUACCCUCCCGCCUUGGCUCCUGUCAGGGGGCAGGGAGGACCAGCAUCGCCGGAUCCGGCGAUUGCCCGCUCUGCACCCCCAGGGGAACCUUCACUGGGGCCCGCACAAGGUACCAGGAGUCACCGCCGGGGAGGAGUGUCUCCCGACACUACUGUUGCCCUACCCCUGAGGGCAUACGGCCCCCCGCCGGUGGCAACAGAUGAGGAACCACCUCCUCUCCAGCCCCUCCAGUACUGGCCAUUUUCUUCCGCAGACCUGUAUAACUGGAAAACUAAUCACCCCCCUUUUUCAGAAGACCCCCAACGCCUGACUGGGCUGGUAGAGUCCCUGAUGUUCUCUCAUCAGCCCACAUGGGAUGACUGCCAGCAGCUCAUACAGACUCUCUUCACUACUGAAGAGAGGGAGAGGAUUUUAUUAGAAGCUAGGAAGAAUGUACUCGGGGCGGACGGGCGUCCUACCCAGCUCCCCAACAUCAUCGAGGCUGCCUUUCCCCUCUUCAGACCAGACUGGGAUUUCAACACGGCAGAAGGUAGGGAGCGACUGUCAGUCUAUCGCCAGGCUCUAGUGGCUGGCCUCCGUGGGGCGGCAAGACGCCCCACUAAUUUGGCUAAGGUAAGAGAAGUAAUACAGGGGGCCACGGAACCCCCCUCUGUGUUUCUUGAGCGUCUAAUGGAAGCUUUUAGGCGCUACACCCCAUUUGACCCUGCCUCUGAAGGACAGAGGGCUUCCGUGGCUAUGACUUUCAUAGGGCAGUCAGCUGUAGACAUUAAAAGAAAGCUGCAGAGAAUUGAAGGAUUGCAGGACUAUACCUUGCAGGAUUUAGUUAAGGAAGCUGAGAAAGUAUACCAUAAAAGAGAAACUGAUGAAGAAAAAGAGCAGAGAAAGGAGAAAGAGAGAGAAGAAAGGGAAAAUAAGAGAGACCGAAGACAGGAGAAAAACUUAACACGGAUUUUGGCCGCAGUAGUAGGGGAGAAGAGCCAGGAACAGGCCCAAGGUAGAACUAAGAAGUCAGGUAGUCUGAAUAACCGCAUCCCGUUAGAUAAGGACCAAUGUGCGUACUGUAAGGAAAAGGGGCACUGGGCCAGGGAAUGUCCUAAAAAAAAGAAGAAAGUACUGGCCUUAGAGGAAGAAGAAGAUUAGCGGGGACGAGGCUCGGAACCCCUCCCCGAGCCUAGGGUAAUACUUAAGGUGGAGGGGAAGCCAGUUGAGUUCCUUGUAGACACCGGAGCUCAACACUCAGUCCUACUUGAACCAUCAGGACCCGUCUCCAAGAAAAAAUCCUGGGUUGUAGGGGCCACAGGGCAUCAGCAGUACUCAUGGACUACCCGAAGAUCAGUAGAUCUGGGAGUGGGACGGGUAACCCACUCAUUUUUAAUUAUCCCUGAGUGCCCUGCGCCCCUCCUCGGGAGAGAUUUACUCACCAAAAUGGAAGAAUGUGACCUUUUGUAA